AUGUCACCUCAUUCUGUAGAUGCAGUGGUCCAGACUAUCAUUGAUCAUGUAAAACCUGCUACUGCGCUUGGAGGACCAUUAGAGAGUGUUGAAGAUUCUGCUCCCACUGAGAACACAGGAUCAGAUGAAGACGACGUCCAAGAAACUGAAGAAGACUUGGAGAAGAUCAAGCCUGAGCAGGACCACCGUAAUCAAAAUAAAGUGCAGCAGAGGAAGAAAUAUAGUCGCGACUUUCUGCUGGACUUGCAGCUGAGCCAGUUAAGCCUGAAAAAACCCAAAGUCCAGCAGCACGUUCCUGAUGUUGUACUGGACCAGCCGCUGCUACAGCAGUUGUACCUGAGAGACCAGAUGAAGGAAUUCAAACCCUCAGUUAGUAACCUGGACAGCACCAUUCCUGAGCCUGUUAAUGUUCAGGAGGUAAAGAUCAAUGAGGAGAACGUCGCCCUCAAGUCGGAGCAUUGUGAACAAAAUAAAGUGCAGCAGAGGAAGAAAUAUAGCUGCGACUUUCUGCUGGACUUGCAGCUGAGCCAGUUAAGCCUGAAAAAACCCAAAGUCCAGCUGCACGUUCCUGAUGUUGUACUGGACCAGCCCCUGCUGCAACACUUGUUCCUGAGAGACAAGAUGAGGGAGUCCAAACCCUCAUCAUUUAAUAACAUGGAAAGACCCCUUUCUGGGCCUGUUGAAGAGCCAGAGAAGAAAACUGACAUUUCCCAGCACCCUGAAUCCAAUAAGCUCCCGCUGAAGAUCAAAUAUAACCGGGAGUUCCUAUUAAAUCUGCAGAUGACCAGUGCAAGUCUGCAGAAGCCUAAAGUAAUGCUGGACAUCAAGAACAUUGUACUGGACAAGCCACUUCUACAGCAGCUGACCUUAAGGGACCAGAUAAUUUCUGGAAAGAAAGUGGAUCCCUUGAUAGCAAACCCAGCCAGUCAGAAAAAGGAAGGUGAACGAGAACUGAGAGACCAACAUAAAGAGCAGCGCAAAGUCAUCAGCAUCUCUCUGAACGACAACGUGCAGCUUCACAAGGCUGAGAAACCCUGGAAGCCGGCGUUAAAAAAGAGCUGCAACGAAGACAAAGAUCUGGAGGCGACUAAGACUCAGGAGCUGUUUCAGAAAGUGUGCAGCCUCCUGAAUAAAAUGACACCAGAGAAGUUUCAGCAGCUGAUGAAACAACUCACCGAGCUCCCCAUCAACACAGAGGAGCGUCUCAAAGGUGUAAUCGAACUCAUCUUUAAAAAAGCAGUUGCUGAGCCAAACUUCUCCACCAUCUACGCCAAAAUGUGCAGUGGCCUGAUGGAACUUAAAGUGCCCACAUCAGAGGAUUCAGGAUCCACAUUGGACUUUAUUAAACUGCUGGUCGGUCACUGUCAGAAGGAGUUCGAGAAGGACGAGAAAAAGCUGAAAGAUCUGGAUGAAGCUAAAGAGGAGAACGAGCAGCAGUUAUUAAAAGAAGAGCUGGAGGAGAUUAAGCUCAAAGCUCGCCUCUGUUCCCUCGGAAACAUCAAAUUCAUGGGGGAACUUUAUAAACAGAAGAUGCUAACGGACCAGUUCAUCCACAAAUGCAUCGUUAAGCUGCUGGAGAAUAACAAUGAGGAGAGCUUAGAGUCCCUCUGUAAACUGCUGUCCACUGCUGGAAAGAACCUUGACCUGAACAAUGAAAAGCAUCUUCUGGACUGCUACUUCAAUCAGUUGGGAACAAUGAUAAAGGAUAGAAGAACCUCUUCCCGGAUCCGUUUUAUGAUUCAGGAUGUUUUGGACCUCAGAAAGAACAACUGGAUUCCCAGGAAGGGCGAUCAGGGCCCAAAAACUAUCAAGGAGGUGCAUAAAGAUGCUAAAUUAGAGGAGAACACGGAGCAGCUUAAAGUCCAGCAAAAGCUGCUUUUUAAAAAAAAAUCAGGUAGACAAAGUAAAGGACAGGCUCAGAAUAAAAGCUGGAACACAAAGCCUGUCUACACCAGAAAACCACCCAAUGAUGGAUCUCACCAAGGCAAAAUCAUCAAACCUUGUGCCUUUAACAAUGUGGUUGUGACCUCUGGACAAAAGGAUCUUCAGAGAAGUCGGACGAACAACAGAAGAUCCGAAGACUUUAGGUCACACACCCACUUCGGUGUAAAGAGAAAGAACCAGUCAGGUAAUGGAGACGUACAAUGUGUCUCCAACAAAGUAGAAAUUAGAAAAGACAGCAAAGAGAGUGCAGUAGUGAAGCGUGAAUUGACUCCAGCACCACCCACUCCUGCCAAAGCCACACUGUGUAAAGAGCAGCUGGAGAAGAAAUCAGUGGCUAUUAUUGAGGAAUAUCUGCACAUUAAUGACCUGAAGGAGGCGCUGCAGUGUGUCCAGGAAAUGGACAGCGAGUCUCUGCUCUUCGUGUUUGUACGGAUUGGUGUAGAGACGACACUUGAGCGCAGCGCCAUUGAACGAGAACGUCUGGGUCUCCUGCUGUACCAACUAAUCAGAGGUCGAAUUUUACCAGCUGAGCAGUAUUUCAAAGGGUUCCAGGAAAUUCUGGAGGUAGCUGAAGACAUUGCAGUUGACAUUCCUCAUAUUUGGCUGUACCUCGCAGAAACAAUCACACCAGUGCUGCAGGAUAAAGGGAUUCCAAUGGCUCAGCUCUUCAGAGAGGUGGCUAAGCCACUGCUGACUAUGAAGAAAGCUGCUACACUGCUGGUGCAUAUCAUCAACCAGCUGAGUAAGAAAAUGAGCUAUAAACACGCCCGAGGAUUGUGGAAUGAAGCUGGACUCAGCUGGAAGGACUUUCUUCCGGAGGGUGAAAAUGAGAACAAGUUUGUGAUGGAACAGCUGCCUCCAGAAUGGACCACCAUGUAACACCAACUGGAACCAGACAAAAAUAAAUAAAUAAAAUAAAGCUGC